AUGACCAAAGAUUGCCCGAUUAAGGAAAAAGUCAAAGAGGUUAAAUGUGCCAAUUGUGGAGGUAAUCAUCCGGCAAGCUAUAAAGGAUGCUCAGUGCGAAAGCAAUUGCAACAAAAACUUUAUCCCAAAUUAAGAGAAAAAAUAACAACCCAAAACAUACAAAACAAUAUGACGAACAAAAGUUUAAUCAAGCCUAAUUUAUCGUUUGCUCACGCUACGAGUAAUCAACAACAACAACAGCCGCAAGAAAUCAACUGUUUACAAACACUACCAGAAAUUCAAUCUAAAACAAACACUACUGAAAAGACACAUUUCACGGAUAAAAAUUAUUUUAAAAUUCCUAAUUAUUGCUUUUAUGAUACUAAACACCCUGACGGGAAAGCUCACGGCGGAACAGCCAUAAUAAUAAAGUCAAAUUUCAAACACUACGAAAACGAGAAAAAUAUAGAAGAUUUUCUACAAGCAACCAGCAUCACUUUGGAAGACACCCAUGGACCUCUAACCCUAGCAGCAAUAUACUGUCCCCCUAAGCAUUCCAUUAAAACUGAAAAUUUUACUGCAUACUUCGAUAAAUGUGGUCAUCGCUUCAUCGCCGCAGGUGAUUAUAACGCCAAACAUCCCUGGUGGGGAUCCAGAUCAACAACCCCGACGUCGCGAGGAAGACAACUGUUUGCAGCAAUGCAAUCAAGAAAUCUAUUCCCAAUUUCAACCGGAGAACCAACUUACUGGCCUUCUGAUUUAAAUAAAACACCGGACCUACUCGACUUUGCCGUGGUAAAAGGUAUAUGUCCGGAGCGUCUCAUAGCUGAGUCAUGCCUUGACCUGAAUUCAGAUCAUUCACCCAUAAUUAUUUCUUUUAACGCUCACAUCUUAAUUCAACCUAAAAUGCUUCAUUUAACUAAUAAAAAAACAGACUGGGCUAAGUACAAAGAACUCUUAAACCAUAACCUGUCUUGCAAUAUUUCACUAAAAACUAUCGAAGAACUAGAAAAGGCAAUAGACGAGUUUAACCUUCAAAUACUCAACGCUGCCAAAGUAGCCACCCCUACAACUCACGAUCAGAAAAAACUUCCAAGUAUCUCGAAAAGACUGCUGGAUAAAAUACGCGAAAAACGACAACUGAGAAAAAACUGGCAGAAUACUAGAUGCAAAUUUAUUAAAACUAAAUUAAAUAAAAUAAUUAAGGAAUUGAAAGACUUAAUAAUAGAAGAUAAAAAUCUAUCUACACAAAAGUAUCUUGAAAGUUUAACACCUAAUCAUGCAAGUGAUUACUCUCUUUGGAAAGCUACCAAAAAAUUCAAACGCCCGCAACAACAUAUACCACCAAUUAGAAAACCCGACGGAAAGUGGGCCAGGAAUGAAUUUGAAAAAUCUAAAUUGUUUGCAGAGUAUUUGAGUGACGUUUUUAAACCAUUACCCCGAGAAAUUUCCAUACAAGAAGAACAGGAGCUAACUGGCUCAAAAGUAUACCAUAAUGAAGACAAUGAGCCUAUUGAAAAU